UCGAGGGCUUCCACUGUCAUGGCGGUGACGGUCUGAAAGCUACCGGGGAGCGAAAUCAGGAAGCGAAAGGUAGGCGCUGCGAGCAGCUGGGCGAACGCUUCACUCUCUUAGGCCGUCUUGAGUGCACUUUCUGGGCUCGUCGAGGCCACCGGACACCACCUCCCCCACUGCUCCUUCUCCGACCCCUCCGCCUGAGGCGGUGGCAGUCAACGUUUGUCCGAGCUUCGAGAGUUUGGCGCCGCUACCUGUCAAGUGCGCGGACUCCAUGACAAUAGCAACUUCCGCCGGUUGUAAAGUGGCUCUUCUUUGGUCGCUUUUCGAGGACGCGAACGUCGGCGAAGGGCUCGCCGUGGUUCUACCUGCUACCCGCGACCCUUUCACCUCACCUCGCCCUGUUUUUUCUUUGGACGGCAUUAAUCCGCCUGCGGACUAUCAAGUUACGGACUAAAAGAAGAGGAAUAGUUCGCGUAGGCAUUUCACACCGCGGAGCGACAGUCUUUGUACUUUAUUUGACUUUAUUUAUCGUGAAUGGCAAGGCACUCUUGCUUAUGUGCCUAUCGACUGCCACCAACUAACCAGGGGAGGUACAGAAAUUCCGCUCACUUUCCUCAUUAUCACCGCCGCCAUUGGAGGUGAACAGGUGGCUUUACCUGUGGACGACACCUGCCCUGCGGGUCCCACCUUGAGCAAUGGCGAGCGAGGAAACCGCGCCGGGCACCUUGCCGCUCAACCCCGCUGUGCCCAUACGAGGCAUCCGGAUGAAAUUCGCCGUGCUGGACGGCCUCAGGGAAGUUGGGGAAGUUUCCAACCGAGACGUCGUGGAGACUGUGUUCAACCUGCUGGUCGGUGGCCAGUUUGACCUGGAGAUGAACUUCAUCAUCCAGGAGCCCGAGAGCAUCGUGUGUAUGGUGGAGCUCCUGGAUAAGUGCGAGCCCACCUGCCAGGCCGAGGUGUUGAGCAUCUUCACCGCAAUUCUCAAGAAGAGCGUGCGCAACUUGCAGGCGUGCACCGACGUGGGCCUCAUUCAGCUGGUGCUGCGGCGCAUCUCCGACACCGACAGCAUGAUCGCAGACUUGCUGGUGGACAUGCUGGGUGUGCUAGCCAGCUACAGCAUCACUGUCAAAGAGCUGAAAUUAUUCUUUAGCAAACUGCAAGGGGAGAAAGGCCAGUGGCCUCGGCAUGCCGUGAAGCUCCUGUCAGUGUUGAAGUACAUGGCUCACAGGAAUGGCCCAGAUUCCUUCUUUAGCUUCCCUGGCAAAAACGCAGCCGCGAUAGCUCUUCCACCCAUUGCAAAAUGGCCGUACCAGAAUGGCUUUACGUUCCAUACAUGGCUCCGCAUGGACCCUCUCAACAACCUCAAUGUGGACAAAGACAAGCCUUACCUCUACUGUUUCCGCACCAGUAAAGGCCUCGGCUAUUCGGCACACUUUGUAGGCGGCUGUUUGAUUGUGACCUCAUUGAAAACCAAGGGGAAAGGAUUCCAACACUGUGUGAAGUAUGACUUCAAACCACAGAAGUGGUACAUGGUGACUCUGGUACAUGUCUACAACCGCUGGAAAAACAGCGAAAUCAGCUGCUAUGUCAACGGUGAGCUGGCAUCCUUUGGAGAGAUCGCCUGGUUUGUCAACACCAGCGAUACGUUCGACAAGUGCUUCCUAGGCUCGUCCGAAACGGCCGACGCCAACCGUGUCUUCUGUGGCCAGAUGGGCGCCGUCUACUUAUUUGGAGAAGCCCUCAAUGCUGCGCAGAUCCUUGCCAUCUACCAGCUGGGGCCAGGGUAUCAGGGGACGUUCAAGUACAAGGCUGAAAGCGACUUGCUGUUUGCCGAGCACCACAAGAUGCUGCUGUACGAUGGCAAGCUGUCGGCCGCCAUUGCUUUUGCGUACAACGCCCGCGCCACCGAUGCCCAACUCUGCCUUGAGUCCUCUCCCAAGGACAACGCCUCCAUUUUUGUGCAUUCCCCGCACGCGCUCAUGCUCCAGGAUGUGAAAGCGGUGGUGACUCACUCUGUUCAGAGCGGUAUUCACUCCAUUGGUGGCGUGCAGGUCCUCUUCCCCCUCUUUGCACAGCUGGACUUCUGCCAGCCCUCCAGCCACGAGCUGGACACCUCUGUCUGCUGCACGCUGCUAUCUUUUGUGAUGGAGCUGCUGAAGAACUCUGUAGCCAUGCAAGAGCAGGUCCUGGCCUGCAAAGGCUUCCUAGUCAUUGGAUACACGUUGGAAAAGUCAUCCAAGGUGCACGUAACGCGACCCGUCCUGGACAUCGUGCUGGCCUUCUCCCGCUACUUGAGCAACUUGCAGAAUGGCAUCCUGCUGCUCAAGCAGCUGUGCGACCACAUUCUGUUCAAUCCCGCCAUCUGGAUCCAUGCUGCCGCCAAGGUGCAACUGACUCUGUACACGUACCUGGCCACCGAGUUUAUCAGCACCGUCACCAUUUACAACGCCAUCCGCCGGGUGGGCACCGUGCUGCAGGUCAUGCACACGCUCAAGUACUACUACUGGGUGGUCAAUCCGCAUGACCGCAGCGGAGUUGUGCCCAAAGGCGUCGAUGGUCCAAGGCCAAAGGAAAUGCUGUCUUUGCGAGCCUUUCUGCUUUUGUUUGUCAAGCAGCUCAUAAUGAAGGACACCGGUGUGAAGGAAGACGAGCUGCAGAGCAUCCUCAACUAUCUCCUCACCAUGCACGAGGAUGACAACCUGAUGGAUGUGCUGCAGUUGUUGGUGGCACUAAUGUCGGAACAUCCUGGAUCCAUGGUGCAGGCCUUUGACCAGCGGAACGGCAUUCGUGUGAUUUACAAGCUUCUGGCAUCCAAAAGCGAAGGGAUCAGAGUGCAGACGCUCAAAGUGCUGGGAUACUUCCUCAAACAUUUGCCCCCCAAGAGGAAGUCAGAGGUCAUGCUGAGUCACGGUCUCUUCUCCCUGCUUACGGAGCGCCUGAUGCUCCACUCGGCCCAGUUUUCGAUGACCACCUACAACGUGCUCUUUGAGAUCCUCACCGAGCAGAUCUGCACACAAGUCAUCCAUAAACAGCAUCCGGAACCCGACUCCUCUGUGAAGAUCAUCAACCCACAGAUUCUCAAGGUCAUAGCCAACUUGCUGAAGAACUCCCCGCUGUCGCCGGAGACGAUGGAGGUGCGCAAGGUUUUCUUGUCGGACAUGAUCAAGCUGUUCAACAACAGCCGAGACAACCGGAGGAGCCUGCUGCAGUGCUCCGUGUGGCAGGAGUGGAUGCUGUCACUCUGCUUCAUCAGCCCGUGCAACAGCGAGGAGCAGAAAGUCACCGAGAUGGUGUACGCCGUCUUCCGCAUCCUACUCUACCACGCCGUCAAGUAUGAAUGGGGCGGCUGGCGCGUCUGGGUGGACACUCUGUCCAUCACCCACGCCAAGGUGACCUUCGAGCAGCACAAGGAACACCUGUCCCGCAUGUUCCGCCAGUACCAGCGUCAAGAAUCCACCGGGUCUCUUGGCACAAUCCGUACCGUCUCUGGAGUCAGCGAGAGCUCCGAGACCGCCGAGUGUACCAACGGUCCCCCCUCGACUGUCAUCGAGCUGACGGUGGACGAACCCUCCGCUAAAGAGUCUGAUCCACUGGACGUAUCCGUUACCAUGUCCAAAGUAGUGGAAGAGGAGCAGAGGCUGUAUCAAGAGGCUUCCAAAGAAGAUGUUGCAAUUCCAACCAACCACUUAGAAGAACAGUGUGGAACAACAGAUCAGCAGGAAACGAUUGAGAAGCCGGAUCAUCUCCCAGAAGCACCUCGGAGUGAAGAUCCUGUAGCAGUAGAGAGAGAAGUCAUUCAAGAUGGAGACCCUACCAAUGAAGAUGAGCCCAAGAAUGACCAAGUUUCUCCGGACCCUGCGGCACCUCUGGACAUCUUGCUGGAGGGUGCCUCAGUCUUCAAUGAGAACUUGGCGGAAGUCUCCUCCGUCAGCGACCACAUUGACGACAGCCAGGGGGAGUUGUCGUACGCCUCUGCUGCAACUGAAGAGGACUCGGUCGGAAAAAAUGAAGGGCAUGAUAUGAAGCGGGAAGUUGGUGAAUUGCAGGAAAUUGCCUUAGAAGAAAACAAUGAAGAAACCAGAGCUGAAGUUGUGCCCCAGGGUGGGGAGACCCACCCAGCACCAAAGACCACUGUAGCAGAUGAAGAUGUGACGGACCCACCGGAAGAGGAACCCGCAUCUACCGACCAGCCGCCAACAGCACCCUCUACUGGGCAGGAGGACCUGAAAGGCUCAGAUCCUAUUUCACAGAGUCAAGACAUAACCGUCUCUGGAGAGGAAUCCCCUUCCAGUGUGGCUGUCAGAAGCACUGCUAUUCAAAAGACCAAAGAAAUCAAAAUAGCCCGUCUGGAUGUGGCCAAUGUAGCAUUAGACACGGAGAGACUGGAACUGAGGCAGACGCACUCAACAGAGACAAGCCAAACGACGACGACAGCAGCUGGCGGACCUUCCUCAGCCCAGCCGAGAGAGAGCGGAACCUCUGUGCCGCGUUCCACCAUGUUCCGCAUCCCGGAGUUCCGCUGGUCCCACAUGCAUCAGCGCCUCCUCACAGACUUGCUCUUUGCUAUUGAGACAGACGUGCAAGCAUGGAGGAGCCACUCCACCAAGACGGUCCUGGACUUUGUGAACAGCAGUGACAAUGUGGUGUUUGUGCACAACAGUGUGCACCUCAUCUCACAGGUGGUGGACAACCUGGUCAUGGCGUGCGGCGGCAUCCUGCCGCUGCUCUCCGCUGCCACCUCCUCCUCGCACGAGCUGGAGGACAUCGAGCCUUCUCAGGGCCUGACGCUGGACGCCUCAGUGGCCUUCCUGCAGCGCCUCGUCAACCUCAUGGACAUUUUGGUCUUUGCCAGCUCGCUCAAUUUCGCCGAGAUCGAGGCCGAGAAGAACAUGUCGUCGGGUGGCAUCCUGCGACAGUGCCUCCGCCUUGUGUGCGCAAUGGCGGUGAGAAACUGCCUGGAGUGUCAGCAGGCUCAGCUGAAGCUCAGCAAAGAAGCAAACUCGCCCAUUUCCGGCAAAUCUGUGUCUGCACAGAGUCCUGUGGACGCGGUGACUGGCGGGAUGUCUCCCGUGCGCGACUUUGAGCGGCUGCUGCAGGACAUGGACAUCAACCGCCUCAGGGCCGUCGUCUUCCGAGAUAUUGAGGACAGUAAGCAGGCUCAGUUCUUGGCUCUGGCUGUGGUCUACUUCAUCUCCGUCCUCAUGGUGUCCAAGUACAGAGACAUCCUGGAGCCACACAACGACAACAAGCAUUCCCAGCGAUCGCAGUUGUCCCUCAGCACAGACAGCGGUGCCGCGGCUGCGUUGCCAGAGUCGGACAAUGGUGUCGCCCUCCGCCGCUACGACUCCGGCAUCGGCGAUGAGCACGCCUCUAUCGCCGCGGCCAGUGAGGCGGAGGCGUCCUCCACUGGCGGUGCUGCCCACGGACCCGACGCCGUCUCGGAGGCCCUGUCCACGCUGUCCUCAGAGGUCAGACCGUCCGAAGCCAAGGGCAAGAACGUGAAGGACAUUCUGCGCAGCCUGGUCAGCGCCCCGGCCGACGACAUCAUGGUGGACCCUGGCCUGCUGCCGCCCGCUUUUCUGGGAAGCGGGGUGGGCGUGGGCGACGUUUCCAGGGAUUCCUUGCAGAUCCGAUCUUUUGACAGGAGUGUUGUGCUUGCCCCCAAGAAAGCAGGCGUGACAUCGCAGGUGCCCGCUGCCGCUGCUGCCAAUCCCGCUGCCGCUCCCCCCAGCAUGCCCCCCGUGACUCCCAUUGAUGGCGUGGCCGUGGUUUCUACUGGAGAUGCAUCACAGACCAGCAGCAAUGCCGAGGCCGGUGGCCAGGUUCCAGCCAGCGCUAGCUUGCCAUCUGUCCCAGCGCUCUCCCCUGUGACCCAGCACACGGCGCCCAAUAUGAGUAUCUCGGAGCGUCUGGAACAUGCCCUAGAAAAAGCGGCCCCCCUCCUCAGAGAGAUCUUUGUGGACUUUGCUCCGUUCCUCUCCCGGACGCUUUUGGGCAGUCAUGGACAGGAGCUCCUCAUCGAGGGGACCAGCCUGGUGUGCAUAAAGUCCAGCAGUUCGGUGGUGGAGCUCGUCAUGCUGCUGUGUUCACAGGAAUGGCAGAACUCCAUCCAGAAGAACGCCGGUCUGGCCUUUAUCGAGCUGGUCAACGAAGGCAGGCUGCUAAGUCACACCAUGAAAGACCACCUGGUCCGUGUGGCAAACGAAGCAGAGUUCAUCCUCAGUCGGCAGAGGGCUGAAGACAUCCACAAACAUGCAGAUUUCGAGUCGAACUGCGCUCAGUAUUCGGCCGAGAAGCGCGACGAGGAGAAAAUGUGCGACCACCUGAUCCGUGCCGCCAAGUACCGAGACCACGUGACGGCCACGCAGCUCAUCCAGAAGAUCGUCAACAUCCUCACCGACAAACACGGAGCCUGGGGGGCCUCCUCUGGCAGCCGGCCCAGGGAGUUCUGGCGCCUGGACUACUGGGAGGACGACUUAAGACGGCGUCGCCGCUUCGUCAGGAACCCCUUCGGAUCCACCCACUCGGAGGCCACGCUCAAGGCCGCCGCUGACCAUGUGGCUGGUAUCAGUGUGACCGAAGACGACGUGUUGAAAGGCAAACAGUCCAUCAAGACUCAGGCUGUGGUGCACCAGAACUCUGAGAGCGACGCCUCGCUGGAUGCCGACGAUGACACGCUGUCGUCUUUGGAGGAAAAAGAGCUUGAAAACUUUACCGGCCCGGUCAACGUGAGCACGACGGCCCAGCUGGUUGCUCCGGCGGCGGUGGUGCGAGGCACGCUAUCGAUCACCGCCUCCGAGCUCUACUUCGAGGUGGACGAGGACGAGCCGGCCUUCAAGGCCAUCGAGCCAAAGAUUUUAGCAUACACGGAAGGUCUUCACGGCAAGUGGCUGUUUACAGAGAUCCGGGCCAUCUUCUCCAGACGUUACCUCCUGCAGAACACCGCCCUGGAGAUCUUUAUGGCCAACAGAACUGCUGUCAUGUUCAACUUCCCCGAUGCCGCCACCGUCAAGAAGGUGGUCCACAGUCUUCCCCGCGUGGGCCUCGGCACCAACUUUGGCCUCCCACAGACAAGGCGUAUUUCCCUGGCCACCCCAAAGCAGCUUUUCAAGGCCUCCAACAUGAGUCAACGUUGGCAACGUCGCGAGAUCUCCAACUUCGAGUACCUCAUCUUCCUCAACACAAUCUCCGGCCGGACCUACAACGACUUGAAUCAGUACCCCGUCUUCCCUUGGAUCAUCACCAACUACGAAGCAGAACAACUGGACCUGACUCUGCCCAGCAACUUUAGAGAUCUGUCCAAGCCCAUCGGUGCCCUGAACCCCAAGCGUGCCGCCUUCUUCUCCGAUCGUUACGAGUCGUGGGAUGACGACCAGGUGCCAAAGUUCCACUAUGGCACCCACUACUCCACCUCCAGCUUUACUCUCAUGUGGCUACUGCGCAUGGAGCCCUUUACCACGUUCUUCCUCAACCUCCAAGGAGGCAAGUUUGACCACACCGACCGCACUUUCUCAUCGGUGUCCCGCGCCUGGAGGAACUGCCAGAGAGACACGUCUGAUGUCAAGGAGCUGAUUCCGGAGUUCUACUACCUCCCUGAGAUGUUUGUCAACGCCAACACGUACAACCUGGGAGUGAUGGAAGACGGCACGGCGGUCUCGGAUGUGGAGCUGCCCCCCUGGGCCAAGACCCCGGAGGAGUUUGUGCGAAUCAAUCGGCAGGCCCUGGAGAGCGAGUUUGUGUCAUGCCAGCUCCACCAGUGGAUCGACCUGAUCUUCGGCUACAAGCAGCAGGGGCCCGAGGCCACCCGAGCCCUCAACGUCUUCUACUAUCUCACCUACGAAGGCGCCGUCAACCUCAGCUCCAUCGGCGACCCCAUGCUCAGAGAGGCUGUCGAAUCUCAAAUUCAAAGCUUCGGGCAGACCCCCUGCCAGCUGCUCAUCGAGCCGCACACCCCCCGAAGCUCGGCGAUGCAAAUGUAUCUUCUCCUGCAGACGCCGCUGAUGUUCACAGAGCAGAUGCAGCAGGACGUCAUCAUGGUGCUUAAGUUCCCGUCCAACUCGCCCGUGAGCCACGUGGCCGCCAACACGCAGCCGGGCUUGACGGCGCCCGCUGUCAUCACCGUCACCGCCAGCCGCGUCUUCGCCGUCAACAAGUGGCACGGCCUGACAGGUCACCCCAGCUCGGGGGUGCAGCAGCAGGACUACCAACUUCCUGUGGAGAUCGACCCUCUUGUUGCUAGCAACAUGGGCAGCCACCGGCGGCAGAUCUCGGACCUCCUGGAUCAAAGCAUCCAGAUCAGCUCGCAGUGUUUCAUCGUGACGGCCGACAAUCGCUUCAUCCUGCUCUGCGGAUUCUGGGAUAAGAGUUUCCGAAUCUACUCCACAGACACGGGCAAGCUGACUCAGAUCGUGUUCGGUCACCGCGACGUGGUGACGUGUCUGGCCCGGUCCGAGUCGUACAUCGGCGGCGACUGCUACGUGGUGUCAGGCUCGCGUGACGCCACUCUGCUACUGUGGUACUGGAACGGCAAGCUAAGCAGCAUCGGCGAGAGCGCCGCUACAGGCAUCACCACACCUCGGGCCAUCCUGACGGGCCACGACUGCGAAGUCACGUGCUCCUGCGUGUGCGCCGAGUUGGGUCUGGUCCUCAGCGGAUGCAAAGAGGGUCCGUGCCUGAUCCAUUCCAUGAACGGGGACCUGUUGCGCACCCUCGAGGGCCCGGAGGGCUGCUCGCGGCCGCGCCUCAUCCAGGCCUCAGCCGAGGGCCAUUGCGUCAUCUACUACGACAAAGGACAGUUUGGGGUCUUCAGUGUCAAUGGGAAGCUGCUGGGGCACAUGCGGGUGGAGGACGCCAUCAAGGCGAUGCUGCUGAGUCGCGACGGUCAGUAUCUGCUGACGGGCGGCGACGGCGGCGUCAUCUCCGUCCUUCGGGUACACGACCUCAAGCCGCUGUUUGCCUACCCGGGCUGCGACGCCGGCAUCCGCUCCAUGGCCAUGUCUCAUGACCAAAGGUGCAUCAUCACAGGCAUGGCGUCGGGCAGCAUCGUGCUGUUCUACAACGACUUCAACAGGUGGCACCACGAGUACCAGACCAGGUACUGACCCCAAACCCAACCAACCAAGCUACCAAAACACGCGUGACGCAAACAUCACCCUGUCAGCGGCGCCGUGCGGAGUCGAUGCUGAAUGUAUCCCAGCAAGAAGUUAUUUUUCAAAACCACCACAGAAGAAACUGAGAUAUAUAUAUAUACAGUACAUAUUAUAUAUUUUUCAGAUAACAAUGAAGAAUUGUUUUUUCUGUGGGGGGGGGGGGGUGAGGGGUUGCGCGUGGUUGUCAUGUGGUUUAAAAACACAGUUUUUAGCUUUAAGAGUCUAUUUUCCUCUUUUCGUGUCACGCGUAACAAUGCAAAUAUUUCCUGCGUACUAUAGGGUGAAUGUUGUACUUUGUGUGUGCGUGUUUGGGAUUGAUGAAGUUGCAACAUUUUCACGAGUUGCUAAUCGGAGGGGAUUUAUACAAAUAUGUAUGUAAAUCUAUAUCGGUAUAUAGAUCUAUACACUUUCACUGUUAUCUUCCGUAUUUAAAAACAGCCAUCUGCGCAUCAUUGGCUGACUUUGUUUUGUUGUUGUUGCAUAAAUGACUGAGCAAUCGAGAAACGGCGUGAAAAAAGUUCAACGGCUAACAUUAGUGGCGUAAGAGGACGGUUUUCUCGCGUUACCGUGUCACGUGACCACAUCCAACCAGUCAUCACGAGGAUUCCAUUGUUAAACUGACAUCUGAUUGGGUUUUUUCCCCUCCCUCUUGUGUUGUUGUGUGUGUGCGCGUGCGCGCGUGUAGGAUUCUGACAAAUAAAUGGAAUUUUCUAACGUCAA